AGCAGAGUGGGGACAAGGCAGAGAGACGUUUAUCGGAGGGCAAAGCAAGUGAGAUGGGUGCGGGAAGUGAAGGGACGGGCGGUACGGGACGGGUGUGAACGGGCGGGCACAGGGGAUGAGCACACAGAGGCUGCUGAGGGUUGUAGUGGGUUUCUUGUGUGCGGUACAUAGAGGCUGAUGAGAGUAGUAGUGAGCGGCUGUCAGUGCAGUUGUAAUGAUGAAGAUGGCGCCUGACUUCCUGAACCUGUCCCGGCUGGCGGUCAUCCAGCAGCUGCGCUCCUACGGCAUCAAGAUCAAACACUGGAACAGCAAGUCCCGGAGCGACCCCGGGAGAGGAGGGUGGCCGGCGGGGAAGAUCUUUGGAGCGCCUCUUCAUACCCUGCCACAACUGAAUAUUCCAGCGUAUGGAAAUAUACCAGCGUUUCUUGUUGGUGCAUGCAAGUACUUGGAGGAUCAUGUACAAACUGAAGGACUUUUUAGGAAAUCGGGAUCUGUUGCGAGGCAGAAGCUUUUAAAGACAAAACUGGAAAACGGAGAGGACGGUCUCUCAGAAGCUCCUCCUUGUGAUGUCGCUAGCAUCCUAAAGCAGUUUUUCAGGGAGCUACCAGAUCCUAUACUGCCUGCGGAUCUCCAGGACGCAUUGAUCAAGGCCCAAAAUUUGGGAAGUGACGAGGAAAGGACUUCAGCCACCAUGCUUAUCUCCUGCCUGAUGUCUGACCUGACAUUAUCCAUUCUGAGAUACUUCUGCAGCUUUCUGCAUUCUGUAUCUAUGAGAUGUGACUCAAAUAGAAUGGACAGUAACAACCUGGCGGUGAUAUUUGCUCCUAACCUAUUACAUUCGGGUGACGGCGAGAAGAUAUCACCCAGCACUGAAAAGAAGCUUCGUAUUCAGGCAGCAAUUGUGAAAACUCUGAUAGAUCACCCUGCAGAUAUUGGUUGUGUGCCUGAUUUCCUUCUUGAAAAGAUUCCAGGCAUGCUGGGAGUGGAUGUUGGGGCUGAUACUCCCGGUCAUGAGGCAUCUGAAGAAGAUGUAGAGUCUUCUGGAGAGAGGAAGAAAAGGAGACGGAGGAGUGUUGGAGAUUUUGUUAGUGGAGCAUUGAAUAAACUUAAAACUAAUAGAACACCUUCCUCUACUCCUCAGACAGACAGGACGGUUCUGAGUUCCAUGGUAACUCCAUUAAUUCUAACACCAAGUGCCAAAAGAAAACUGCCUUUAGACUCGGCGCAGGGGAUCUCUACUAAGAAGAGGAAAUCCAUUAAGCAGAACCUGUCGUCUGAAUUGCUGCCAAGCAGUCUUUUCGGUGGAGGUUCAACGCCAGCCUGUGAUCUGGCUGAUGAAAGCCCUUGUGUAUAUUUUGAAGGAUCAGAAUCCUCUUUCUCGCCAUCAACUAGCAAUUUAAGGCGCAGCAAAAGACGAGAAAACAGAAAAGUGCAGAGAGUGGAGUCGGGAAAAACGGGCUGCUUCUCUCCUAAAAUAAGUCGGACAGAGAUGGUGCGCCGGUCGCUUCGUCUACGAUUCAGUCUAGGAAAAAGUAGUAAAGAUGUGAGCACUGGAUUUCCUUCCAGUAUUCGGUCCCAAAACAUUGGCUGGAGACUUGCAAACUCAAUAGAAUUUAAUGUUUCUGGAAGCAAGACGGAUGUGGUUUCUUCCCCAGUGGACAGUCCAUUUGUAAGUACAGGCUCAAAAAAAAUAAGCAAAUCGGAAGAAAACUUAUUAACCCCCAAGAAAUCUGAUCACUCUAGUCACCGCCUGUGCUGGACUGGCCCCCAUCCUGUUAGUGAGUUUUGUGACGAGGAGACUCCUAAAGGUGGUUACCUCUAUGCUGAAAACUGCUGCUCUGAGCCUGUUGUUGUAACUGGGAAACCCCCGGUCAUGCCUAAACCGCUGAUAUCUCUGGUAGCUUGCUCUGAGGAGCAUCAGAAUUCCUCCCUCUGUGAGGAAGGAGACAGUCAAGUCCACAGCACUGUACAGAGGAUCACCAAGGCGUUUACAGAAUCCGGGAGCGACCUUCACAUGGUUGUUGAAUGUUCCAAGUCUGCAAAUGUGGAAGCCAGUCCUCCUCCUGUGUCUGCUCCUCUUCCUAAUGCAGUCGUUCAGGAUUGCCACUUAGACAGCAAGCAUAGUGCUGACAAUGAUGAACGCGCAUCUGAAGAAGAGUUGCAUAUGGAAGAAAAGGAAUCAAGUCCACAAGGCACUGGCUUAGUGGACCUGGCAGAAGCGAAGGCUUCUGAGGUUGUACUGAAGAUUGUGGAGGAAACUGACUGUGUCAAUGACCAAGUAUUUGCACAGCAUAAAGAGGAAAGCGGCAUGAAUGAAAAUGGUGAUUUAGGUAAGCCAGUGUGUCCAGUUACUAGUGAUGCUGCACAUGGCACACUGGUGGCAUCAGAGCCUAGGCAGCAAAAGGUGGUGUCCAUCCCAGCUAGGAUUCAGGCCGCUCAUGAUCCCCUUCCUAGGCCUCAACGUAGGACCAGCAGGGUGUCUGACCACAUCCAGCACUUCAAUAAACUCUGCCUAAACGAUCACAGUGUUGGCCAGAAACUGAAGUCUCCCAUACAAUUUGAGCGGACACCUGUGCGCAAGUCUGUUCGCCGCAUAAAUUCCAUGUCUGGAGUAAAAAGACAAGUGGACAAUGGUUGGAACGAAAAUCCCGCUGGCUCCCCAAUGGUGAAAGCGGUUAGCUUUGAUGGGUCGUUGUCCUCUGAAGUGUUUCUAACCAAUAGCAGCAGUCGGGAAUCCUCCAUAGAUCGUUCAUCUAUCUAUUCCUUUCGAGGACACUUCAGGAUUCCUAAGCAGUCUGUAAAGAAUAUACCCCACUCUCUCAAUCGCCCCGCAAACCCACCGAAAACCGUGCUGGAGGAUCUAACCAAUCAGGGUUUAUCCCGGACUUCCGGCAAGAAGUCUGAUCUUUCUGCUACUACACCCAAUCCUAACGCAGUACGCAUCCUGUCUGGUAGGCAGCAUAGUCGCUACAGAGGAUCACCAAAGAACCCAAUAGCACGAGUUACCUUCCUGCCGGCUACCAAGCCUUUAGACCUCUAAGACUGGUGACAAGCUUUGUUUACAUGCAUAACAUGCAAGCCAAUGGACCGAAAAUGAUUAUUUUUUGUUUUUAAACGUUUCAGUCGGAAGCACCUUGCACGCUUGAUAUGACGCCGUUUGGAACGGUUUUGGAAUCGAUGCCUCCUGUAGGGUUCAGGAGCCGGUAAAAGCUGUUGUUGACUUUCUUUGAUAGCGGAGACAGAUGAGAAUCUACGACCUGUAUUUUGUUUCCACGCUUCUGAGCCGGGGGAUUAAUCCUCAUGGGUUGUUUUUCAUGACUGGACCAUCUGUGUCCUGAAAACCUAGAUGGGAAAAAAAAAAGAAAAACUUGAAAUUUGCUCUGGUCAUGAUCUUGGUCUUAUUAUAUUAUACUGUAUACACGGGUAACACAGCUUGAAUUCUACUUUUUGGGAGACCUAUGUUCUCAGUGUUGAACUGAAUCUUUAGUUUAUUCAGUAUAUAGCUUAUGUGCGGUUUCGUUUCAUUCUUUCAAUGGUUCGAUGCAGGUCUUAAGAUUUUUAUUUUUAUUUUUGUUAGCUAUAUUUUAAUUAUUGCCAAAUUGUGGUCUCUGGUUUUUCGUUCAUCAGAUUGCACCCAGAGGGGUUAAUGUUUUAUUUUUUUUCUUGAUACGUUAAGUUUUAAUUGUAAAUUGAAAACUAUUUAAAAUAAGUAGGUGGAUGAAUGCUGGGUUAAGGCAGAUGAUAGUACGAUUGUAUAGUCACUUAUUUAUUGCUUACAGAGGUUAUUUACAUUUCCCCGCAAAGCAGCUUUAAUAUCGGGAAUAUUAAAGGUUUUAAAUACCUGUUAAACAGGUUGUCCGCCUUCGGGUGGGGGGCUUUCAGCUUCACACCCCUUCUUUCCCCUAAAUUGCCGGAGGGAAACAGGUUUGCCUGAUUCCUGCUGCUGGGUUCCGUCUCCUUCUGUCCCGUUGAUGUGACAUAUGGGGGACACGUCACUGCCACAACCAGUCAUUGACUGCACUGCCCAUGUGAUCUUCAUCAAACAGGAAGUUUACCGGCAGCAGACCGAAGGAGGUGGGACACGGCGAGCACGAAAGGACUCCUAAGGUGGACAACCCCUUUCUAUGAUUUUGCAUUGCAAGUUGCCCAGGACCAUCUUAAAUACUUGAUUCAUAGCAUUGCUAAAAUUACUUAAUGUCUCUGAUGUAUGUAACUAUUGAUACUUUCAUGAUGGUCAUGGAAUAUUGCAUAAGAUUUUACCACCUAGAUUUUGUUACAGACCAUAACACCUAGAAGUUCUAGAUCAGUCUUACAUGAAGAGGCAGCUGCUUCCAUUUACAUGGGUUCAAGGCUGAACUCGGCCAUAGCUCUUGUAGCAUAUCCUGUAAUAUAUUUUAAUGUGUUGUCUUGCGUGAUUUUAGAUAGAUAUUUUUUAUUUUUCCAUGGUCUAGCACAAGCUUAUUUCUCAGGAUGUCUGACUUUUUACUAAGCAGGAACUUUAACAUGCUUUGUACCAGGCAAGACUAACCUUUCUGUAGACCGUACAGCAGUUCUAAACUGGUACUGAUUGUGUUGAGAUGUCACAUUAUUGUCAGCUGUAACUGAGACUGAUGACAAAAUAAAUUUUC